UUUAUCUUCUUCACCUUCUUUGUUUUCUUUCUCUCUCCAAUAUCGUUCCCGUCACAGUCCACCGUUUUACAGGCCAUAAUGGUUCCUCAAGGAACACAUGAUAACAAUGACAACCAAAUCAGCUCACAGGUUGAUGACGAAACAUUAGCCAAGAGGAAGGCUAUUGAUGAUUGGCUUCCUAUUACUUCUUCAAGAAAUGCAAAAUGGUGGUAUUCAGCUUUCCACAAUGUUACUGCCAUUGUUGGAGCUGGUGCGCUCAGUCUUCCUUAUGCCAUGUCAAAGCUUGGAUGGGGUCCUGGUAUUGCAAUAUUAGUUUUGUCAUGGAUCAUAACUCUAUAUACCCUUUGGCAAAUGAUUGAGAUGCACGAGAUGGUUCCUGGAAGAAGGUUUGACAGAUACCACGAACUGGGGCAGUAUGCCCUUGGUGAGAAGCUUGGUCUGUACGUUGUGGUGCCACAACAAGUUGUUGUUGAAGUUGGUGUUUGCAUCGUUUCCAUGGUUACCGGAGGCAAAUCCCUUAAGAAGUUUCAUGAUACCGUAUGCAGCAGUUGCAAAGACAUAAAACUCACUUAUUUCAUCAUGAUAUUUGCGUCUGUUCACUUUUUUCUCUCCCAGCUGCCCAACUUCAACUUCAUUUCUGGUGUCUCAUUGGCCGCGACCGUCAUGCCUUUGAGUUACUCUGCUAUUGCAUGGGCCGCUUCACUCCAUAAGGGUGCUCUAGCAAAUGUUGAGUAUGGUUACAAGGCUAAGUCCACAAGUGGAAUUGUGUUUAACUUCUUUAGUGCCUUGGGGGAUGUGGGGUUUGCUUAUGCAGGCCACACUGUGGUGCUUGAAAUUCAAACAACAAUUCCUUCCACACCUGAGAAGCCAUCAAAGGGUCCUAUGUGGAAAGGAGUUGUCGGCGCUUACAUAGCUGUUGCCUUGUGCUACUUUCCCGUUGCUCUAAUUGGGUAUUGGGUGUUCGGCAAUACUGUUGAAGAUAACAUCCUCAUUUCCUUAGAAAAACCUGCCUGGCUAAUAGCAAUGGCUAACUUGUUCGUUGUUGUCCAUGUUAUUGGGAGCUACCAGAUCUAUGCAAUGCCAAUGUUUGACAUGUUAGAAGCAUUAUUUGUGAAGAAAUUGAAUUUCAGAACCAGCACCCCUCUUCGAUUCAUUGUCCGCAAUAUAUAUGUUGCAUUCACAACGUUCGUUGCCAUUACUUUCCCCUUCUUCGGAGGCCUGCUUGGAUUUUUUGGAGGACUUGCUUUUGUGCCAACAACAUACAUUUUGCCCUGCAUGAUGUGGCUCGCCGUCAAGAAACCACAGAAAUACAGCUUAUCUUGGUGGACUAACCGGGUAUGCAUUGCACUCGGUAUCUGCAUGAGGAUCAUAUUAGCCAUUGGAGGAUUUAAGUCAAUCAUAGUUAAGGCCACGGAUCAUCGGUUCUACUCUUGAUUCAGUCAUCCUCUCAAAAGGGCUGAUUGUUCAAAAGCAUUUACUUUGUGUAUAUAUAUAUAUAUAUAUAUAU